UUAGUCUCUCGCAGAGCAGCAGCGUGCGGUGAUCGUUGACAAAAAAUUAAAAAUCGAAUUUAAAAACAGAGAGUGUUUGGCCCCCAACCAACCAAAGUAGCUUACCGUUUUAAAAUAAAAAACGAAAGUAAUUGGAACGGAACCGUUGAAAAAGAAAAAAUAGGAAUUUCAAAUUUUUUGAAAAAUUUAAAAUAAAUUCAGUGGUGAAGAAAAGUUAAAAAAAAAACGAUAAAAAUAUAAAAAAAAAUAUUUCAAGUAAUUUUUCAAAAUUGAAUUGGAAAAUAAAGCUACCCUCCUUCCAUUUUCUGUUGGUGUUACAACAACCGGCGUCAUAGCUAUCAAUCUUCAAUUCGAUUAUCAUCAUCGUCAUGUCUUCCGCCGAAGCGAAACGUGCCUCCUUUGCACGUCGUGCCGAAAGUCUCGUGGAGAGGGUGAGAAUAAUGAACACCAUAUAUGAGAAAUAUAUUGUUAAUACGGAUAAAAGUGGUGAACUUACCGUUACUGUACAGGGUGAUUUAACACAACAGGAAAAACGUGCUGUCUUUAUUACGGUCCAUGAUUUAGGAUGCAAUCACAACUCCUUCCAGGAAUUCGUCAACAGUCCUUGCAUGACCGAAAUCAAGGAACGUUCUUGCUUCAUACACAUUGAUGUGCCCGGACAUGCCGAUAAUGCUGAGGCUCUGCCAGAUAGCUUCAAUUUCCCCUCUUUGCAAAUGUUGGGUGAGGAUCUGGUCACCGUUUUGGACUUCUUACAUGUCAAAUAUGUAAUGGGUCUGGGCGAGGGUGCUGGCGCCAAUGUUUUGGCCCGUUUCGGUUUGGCCCAUCCAACACGUGUUUUGGGUUUGAUUUUGAUCAAUGCUACUGGCAGUGCCGCUUCGGUAUUGCAGUCGUUUAAGACGAAGUUUAUCCAAUGGAACAAUGAUGACAUUGCCCAAUCGGCCGAAAGUUUCCUAAUGUAUCAUAAAUUUGGUCAUCAAUUGGUUGGUGAUAAUCCGGACAAGGAGAAAAUCGUUACGGAAUAUCAGAAACGUUUGCGUAGCUCGUUGAACAGUAAAAAUGUGGGUCUCUAUGUUAAGGCAUUUAUGAAUCGCAAAGAUUUAACAUUGAAAGGAUGCAAGGUGGAUGUUAUUCUAAUUACGGGUAUGUUAAGUCCCUAUGCUUCCAUGGUGGAGAAAUUACAUCGUGAUAUUGAAAAGGAAAAGGUGACCAUGCUGAAAAUUGAAAGAGCCGGCGAUGUAUUGGCUGAUGCGCCCGCCAAGGUGGCCCAAUCGAUUCUACUCUUCUGCAAAGGCCAAGGUCUACUGACUUCCGUGGUAAUGCCCGGUGUUGAUCGUGGACGUGCCUUUUCCACCAGUUCGGGAUCGUUUGAUGGAACCAAUGGUACGCGACGUCUUUCCAGAGGGAUUUCAAUGGAAGACUAUGACAAGCCCAACAUUCGACGUCUUAGCAUUAUAAACAACGAAAUUAAGAAAUAAAUUGAUGGACACACCAAUAAAUAAAUAUUUAAAAUUCCCAUUAAUUUUGGAUUCAAAAACAACGCAAAAUUAAAAAAAAAAAAACAGAAAAUAAAUUAUUAUAAAUCGAUUCAAAUUUGCCAAAACAGAAAGAAAUAACCACACACACAUAUACAUAUAUUAUAUUAGAGGGAAUAAGUUAAUUAUAACAAAACCAACAAAAAAAAAACAAUUGACAACAAGAAAAUGUUAGUAAAAGAAAGUAAUUUUUUUUGUAUAAAAACAAUACAAAAGAAAAAAAGAUUUAUUCAUACUCACACGCAAACACACCUUAUAUAAAUGAAAAUAUAUAAUUGUACAAUUAGAGAAUUUAUUAUUUAAACAAAAAAAAAGAAAAAUAUUGUUAUAAAUUAUUAAUUUGUUUUUUUCAUAUUUUUUUUAUAAAAAUAAUACCUAACCUCAAAAUGGAAAUCUACAAACCUAUCGUUGAGUUUAUUUUUUAUAAAUGUAAAAGUACCAAUUUUUAUAUUAUUUUGUAAAAACAAACAAAUAUAUAUAAAAAUAAUACUUGCCAUUUAGGUAUAUAUACAUACAAACAUAUAUAUGUAGCACCCCAACGAUGCUGUAUUAUUUAGCCCACCUGAAAAAAAAAAUCGAGAAAAGAAAAUAUACUUCCUUUAAUCUAUAAAAAACAAGAAAAGUUACAAGAAGACAACACCAUUAUUUUGUAUUCCUUAUGGUUCUUCCGAAAUGUUUUGUUGAAUUGAAAUCUCCCGAAAUUUUGGUAGAAAAAAAAAAUCGUUAGAAAAUUAAAAAUACCUCCGAUUUUAUAGAAAACCACAAAUUUUAAUAUCUCCAAAGAGAAGUCCCCCCGUUUGUCGUCACCAUCUUUUUGAAAUUUUUACAAAAAACCAAGAAAAACUCGAAAAAGAUUUUAAGAAAAUGAGCACAUCUCCCCAUACCACUUUCACAUACAAGUUCAUCCCCCCAAGAAAUUGUUAAGCACUUUGUCAACAUUGAGAUAUUAGCAAGGACAGUGUUAAGAAUUGCGGUUUUUUAAUUCUGACGUAUUGUAUGCCCUUAAAGGAAAUAUGUCGUUCAGUUGACACAUUUUCAAAGAUCCUUCAGAUUUCGUAGUGCGUUUUUUAUUUGAAAACAUAUUUUUUAAAAAUAUGUCAAAUAAAACGCAAAGUAUGCAACACUGUAACGUUAGGGCAUAAUUUAAAACCACCUGGCCACAUAUCAAACUGAAUGAAAACUUCAAUGUUCUGAUAUGUGCCCAUGUAAUUUGACAGUUAAACAAUAAAAAAUCGCCGCGUUUAAAAACUGUUUUCUUAAUAAAAAAAAAAAAAACAAAAAGAAAAAUUUGCUUAAAUAAAUAAACUAGUAUGCCAUUACAUAUUAAAUGUUGGCUUUUGAAUACAUUUAAGUGCACCAAUUAAAUGAAAAACAAUUAAUCAAAGCAUAAAUAUGUAGUUUCUUAAAAAAAAAAACAAAA